ACGACUCGUUUCGGCUCUUCUCCCCCUAGACUAGGGUUAGGGUUACGAUUUUCGGAGUAUGAAUUUGUCAUCAUUGCUCCUUCUUUUCGAACCAUCCUCAGGUCAGCCACAUUUCAUCUGAAUUCUAUCUACUCUGCCAUGUCUCUAACACCCGCAACCAUGCGCCGUUUGAUGCGCGAGAUUACCGAGUUGAAGAACAACCCUCCUGAGGGCAUUCGCGUUGUCACGAGUGAGGAGAAUAUGCUUGACCUCACAGGGAUUGUUGAGGGACCAGAGCAAACUCCAUACGCGGGCGGGUACUUCAGGGUGCGGUUCCAAUUUACACACGAAUUCCCCACUGCACCCCCAAAAUGCUGGUUCGCAACCAAAAUUUUCCACCCAAACGUCUCUUCCGCGGGAGAGAUUUGUGUGAACACGUUGAAGAAGGACUGGCAAUCGUCAUAUGGCAUCGGUCACAUUCUCGUGACAAUUAAGUGCCUCCUCAUUUAUCCCAAUCCCGAAAGUGCCCUCGAUGAGGAAGCGGGGAAGCUCCUCCUGGAGGACUACGACGCGUACUGUUCCCGCGCGAAGCUUAUAACAAGUGUGCAUGCCACUCCUCGCAUACGACCUCCCGAAUUUCAGACACAAUCCACUGAGAAAGAGGGAGAGCCGUCCACGACGUCGAUACCGGUUUCGAUUCCAACACCAGCUGUGGUGCCACCAUCACCACAUAUUACGCUACCUGUCCCAAUAUCUGCAUCAUCGCCACGCAAAUCCUCUCCCGUGCCACCGUCGCAACCUCUCCAAUCAUCUCCAGCGAACACAAUGCCCUCAUCACUCUCUACGAGCACUGUGUCCAGCAAAGACGGCAAGGAGCGCUUAUCACCGCUUGGGACUGCAAAUUCGAACGUUGCGGGUCCAGCUGCUACUGCCGCAACCAAGGCCGUCAAACGAUCUGCAGCCUCAGCUGGCUCCGGGACAGAGAAACGUAAGAAAGCAUUGAAGCGUUUAUAAGAGUGCGUCUUGUACAUACACCAUCAUCUAGGACAGUGGUCCAAUAGGGGGAUCAUCUUGUGCACAUAGUAGUUCUGUUCUUUGUUUCUUGUCGAUAUGGCUGUCGUAUUUGUUUUCUCAGUAACAUAAUGGCCAAUACACCAGAUAUUAUAUGCAUUGUUGUCACGCGUCACGCGUAACGGUGCGCGUCGCGUGACGAAGUGACG